AUGAGCAAGCUUUACGAUGUUAUCAUCGCCGGCGCUGGGCCCAUCGGGCUCUUCGUGGCCUGCGAGCUAGGACUGGCGCGUGUGUCUGUUUUAGUUCUGGAGCGUGAUCUCAAGGCUGAAUCGCCAUGGAAAGGCGAUCCUCUAGGUUUUCGCGGCAUCACUACGCCUUCACUUGAAAGCUUCUACCGACGUGGCCUCCUGGGCAAGCUCUUUGGUCCGGACGAGCGACCCUCAUCUUACCAGAAAAAACCGGGCUUCAAUUUCGGCGGUCACUUCGCUGGUAUCCCUCUCAACGCCAACAAAUUGGAUAUGGAUCGCUGGAAAUAUCGUAUCCCUGGGCCGGCGUUGGUCCCCGGUCCUACGACUAUCGAGCACGUCGAGGCCGUAUUGACGGAACGUGCUGAGCAGUUGGGCAUAACCAUCCUGAGAGGCGACGGUGUCACAAAAAUUGUGUCGCAGGACCACGAUACUGUUACCGUGGAAGCUGGAGAAAAUCAGACAUUUCGCGCCAAGUGGCUCGUGGGAUGCGACGGCGGGCGAAGCCUGGUUCGCAAGUCUGCAGGCUUUGACUUUGUUGGCACAGAACCCAAGUUUACGGGCUACGUUGUUCAGUGCGAGUGGGACCACCCGGAGAGGUUGAAACCAGGCUUCCAUGUCACGAAAGCCGGGUUGUACAUUGUAAGGAUGCCAGAGACUCUCUAUCUGACUGAUUUCGACGGUGGUGCGUUUGAUCGCUCGGCAGAAGUUGGGCAACAGCACAUUCAAAGUGUCUUCCGCCGCGUGUCAGGAAUCACAGACGUUCAAAUUACGAAGAUACACCUCGCCUCGACGUUUACCGAUCGCUGCAAACAAGCAACGAGCUAUCGCAAGGGCCGAGUCCUGCUUGCUGGUGAUGCCGCCCAUAUCCACGGACCUCUCGGUGGCCAGGGCCUGAACCUUGGGCUGGGCGACGCUAUGAACCUAGGCUGGAAGCUUGCUGCGACCAUACGAAGAGAAUCCGGAGAGGACGGCAAUCCAGCGGACCUGGCUCUACUCGACACCUACGAGAGUGAGCGUCACCCUGCUGGGGUACGCGUUCUUCAAUGGACGCGCGCACAGGUUGCCGUGCUGCAGCCUGAUCCUUAUGGCGAAGCUGUGCAGGCGAUCGUGCGUGACCUUAUCGACACUACUGACGGCGCCAACUACUUCAUGGGGCGCUUCUCGGGCAUGUCCCAACGAUACGUACUGGGCGAUGGCGAGGCGUACGCUCACCCUCUCGUUGGCGCCAGCGCUCCGGAUUUCGAGCUGCACGACGGCUCGAGACUUGGAUCCAAAUUCGAAGGGGGUCGGGGACUUCUUAUCGAUUUCGAAAACGACGCGACGCUCAAGAAGUUGAUUGUCGACGGAGAGUACGAGGACAGAGUGGAAUACAUUGGUAUAGGCGCAAAAGACACACGCGGACUUCGUGCUUUGUUAGUCCGACCUGAUGGGAUUGUUGCUUGGGUGGUUGAUGAACAUGCAAAGCCAGACAUGGUCGCGGCCAAGGCGGCCCUGGAGCGGUGGUUUGGGCUUUGA